AUGUCAAAUCAAUUCAAGGGGAUUAUUGUGUGUGGAUUUGGGCAGAAACUCUUCCCUCUCACUGAAUCAACCCCAAAGCCCGUCGUUAGCGUUGGAAACAAAGCAGUUAUAAGCUACGUGAUUGAAUGGUGCCAUCAGUCACAGCUCAACGAUCUCCUUGUCCUUUCGCCGGCUUCUUUCUCUAAUCAACUCACUCCUCUUCUCAAAUCGCAUUCUGUCCACUACAACUCCGUAGACGACGACACCUGCGUCAACUGGGAGACUGCUGAUUGGUUAAGGCACUUUGCUCACCUCAUAAACUCCGAUUUCAUCAUUCUCCCUUGCGAUAUCAUUCCUCCACCCUCUUUACCUCUGUCUUCUCUUUUACAACAACACAAAACAUCUCAUUACAACACUCUAAUCACUUGUUUGUUAUACUAUAACCACUUGGAUUACGGUACUCGUGAAGGUCCUGCUCCUUUCACCUGUAUCCACGACAAAUCUUCAAACACACUACUAAUUCCACCAAGUGACUCUUUAGAUGGUGUCGAUUUGAAGACUAGAUUGCUCUGGGAGUUCCCUAAUCUGUCUCUCUCCACUAAACUCCUCGAUGCUCACGUUUACAUUGUAAGGAAGGGUGUCUUAGAUUUACUCAUACAGAGACCACAGAUAUCGAGUAUCAGAGAAGAUCUGCUUCCAUGGCUCUGCAAGUGGAGCUAUCAGAAAGGCCUAGGUGAUAAGUGGUCACAUCUCCUUCAUCUUGCACAGGACCCAUUUAUCGAUGCACUCACUCACUCCACAACUCAGUCUUGUUCAAAUUCCCCAGAACAUCGCCUACGCGUGCAGUAUUUCAUCCACAAUCCCAACGAUGGCUUAAUAGCUCGCGCAAAUACUCUCGGUACCUAUGCUGAACUGAAUAGAGAGAUUCUUCGUACGCAAAAGCCAGCAAAAAGUGUGAUUACCGCAGACAACGUUAAAAUUGGUGAAAAGUCUUUAAUCAAGAUGAGCAUUAUUGGCAACAAUGUCGUUAUUGGGAAGGGGUGUAAGAUUAUCGGCAGUAUCAUCGCGGAUAACGUGGUAAUCAGAGAUGGCGCAAAGUUGGACAACUGUAUCGUCUGUACGAGGGUCAAGAUAGGUGAAAGAGCAACGCUGACGUUGUGCGAUGUCGGUGGAGACAGUGAUGUCCUUAGUGAUACACAUGCUAAGAAUGAGAAAAUUUCAUUGGAUGGAUCGAGUGGGUAA